AUUCCCGCGCCGAGCCGCUCGCCCGCCUCCCACCCCAUCACCGAGCCGCCUCGCGCGGCCCCCCGUCAUUUUCGCCCGACUCUCUCGCCUCGGAGGACGUAGAGAGAGGAGAAGGGAGUCGUCGUCGUCCUGCGCCCGGCGCUCGGGCCACUGGAUCCAGGGGUUGCGGUGGAUUUGGAGCCCGGAGUGGACUGAUUGCUGAUGGUAUUCUCCGAGGGAGGAGGCAGGGAGAGAGCGGGGCAGGACGAUGGCGUCGGAGGAUCUCGGCGUCGCCACUAAGGUCAGGCGAACGGUACCUCUGACUCCGCCAAUCUUACUGUCUCCUUUCCGUUAGUGUUUUGUGAUUAGGAGGUCACUGAUUGGGGGUCUGGGGGAGUAAUUACUGUGCCCCUGAUUCUGUUUCGGCGUUCUCAAUUUCUCUGGACCAGACACUACACGUUGCUGUGAGGAUACAGAAGUUGUAAACACAAAACCAGCAAAGCGAUACCCACUUGCGUUAUGGAUAGCCAUAUUGGGCCUGAUAAUGCUAGUUGGUGUGUACAUAUUCUCGUUGUCUCUAAAGCAAAAUGGGAUGCUUUUCGGGCUCAUGCAGACAAAUUUGAUAGAAAAGGAAAGGGAGAAACCUUGUCAUGAUCCCGGUAUUCCAGACACAGAAAUCCCUUACUUGCACUACCCAAUGCCAAAUACUUAUGAUAGGAAAGAAUGUGCGUGCACGGGGGUUAGGUUCUUUGCUAUAUUGUCAAUGCAGAGGUCAGGGAGUGGAUGGGUUGAGACAUUGUUGAAUAGCCAUCCUAAUAUUAGCUCCAAUGGAGAGAUCUUCUCUGUCAAAGAAAGACGCAGUAAUUUCACUGCGAUUAAGAAAACACUGGACAAAUUGUACAAUUUGGAUUGGUACAGCAGUGCUGCUAAGAAUGAAUGUACAGCUGCUGUGGGGCUGAAAUGGAUGCUCAAUCAGGGCUUAAUGAAGCACCAUCAAGAGAUAGUUGAAUACUUCAACCGAAGGGGCGUUUCUGCAAUUUUUCUACUAAGAAGAAAUCUUCUCAGGCGUUAUGUCUCUAUAUUAGCAAAUGCUCAUGAUAGUGCCAUGAAACAGCUGAAUGGAACUCAUAAAGCUCAUGUGCACUCCAAACAUGAGGCUGAAAUUCUUGCUCAAUAUAAGCCAACCAUUGACAAAAAAACAUUGAUCGCUGAACUAAAACGGUCUGAUAAGUUUGCAGCUGAUGCUUUGGUGAAUUUCAAGAACACCAGGCAUGUCGUUCUGUACUAUGAGGAUGUUGUCAGGAGUCGGACGAUGCUCAUGGAUGUCCUGGAUUUUCUAAGACUGCCUAAGAGGAAGCUGUUGAGUCGACAUGUGAAAAUCCACACUAAACGAUUGCGUGAUCAUAUUGAUAACUGGGCAGACGUUAAUAAUUUUUUGAAGGGGACGCCGUUCGAGAGCUUUUUGAAUGGCUCAAGGAGAUGACAUCGCUAGCUGAUGUAUAUAGGGCUAUAGUGUGCUGCCCUUUUGACGCUUUGGUACCCCUUUCUAAGGUUAACAGAGUUAGCACAGUAGGCAAAAAAAAUUUGACAUCAUGAUCGAAUAAGUUUGGGUCAGUGAGAGAAAUAGUUAGGAAGCAGAAGUAGAUAUGCUUGAUCCAGGUUAGUCUCAUAGAUAUGGACUUCAUGACAGCAGAAUGAAGACGAGAAACAAUACCUUUGGGGUUAUCAAAUAUUCAAUGCAAGAACUUGUAAAAGCUGUCUGGACUCAUUCAUGAAUACAUCGAAGUUUACACUUGAAAA